AUGGAUAAGAUGGAAAAUGCUUUUGAGGAUCUUCGUCAGGGUAACCAAACUGUUCGGGAGUACAAGGAGGAGUUCAAUCGUUUGAAGAGAUUCUCAGCGAAGCAUCUGAGUGAGGCUGAGCAGGUCCGCAAAUUCAUGAAGGGACUGAGACUUGAUCUCAAGAACCGCUGUUCUAUCAGGAAGUAUGACAGUCUGUUGGAUUUGGUCGAAACUGCAGCUGGGCAGGAACUUGGAUUCCAGGAGGAACAAAAGUUGUCCAAAGGUUUUCAAGCUAAAACCGGAAAGGGAGAUAGUAGCAAGAGGAGCUGGGCUACUGCUAAUGCUACACCAGGAGAGUAUGCUAAGAACUUGACUUGCUUCAAGUGUAACCAGCGUGGGCAUCUCAAGAAGGAUUGCACUGUUGGCAAUUUUCCAAGAGGGGUUCAGCCUAGAGCCGUGCAGCCUGUGAGGGCCACUUGUUUCCGUUGUGGACAGAAUGGGCACAUUGCAAGGAAUUGUAUGGUUCCGCUUCAGGGACACCAGCAAGAGAGGGGACAGAACCGUGAGCAGUUACAGUUGCCACCGCCACCAGUCGGGCAAGCAGCAAGGCCUCGGGUUAAUGUCGUUGGAGAACACGGUGGUGUUGAACCGAUCACGGGAUCGGUUUUGGUUGGGGGAGUUGCCGCCCAUACAUUUUUUGACACAGGAGCUACGCAUAGCUUUGUGUCACCGACACUGACAAAGUGUUGGACCUUUAAAGGCGUUUUUGUCUCGAGGGCGAAAGAGAUCGAGACAGCCGGAGAUGAGAGGGUGAAGUAUACCGGGGUUUACGAAGAAGUACCCAUAGUGCUAGAAGGUGUGGAGAUGCUCGGAAAUCUUGUGAAAAUGGAGUUGAAUCACUACGAGGUGAUUCUCGGAAUGGAUUGGUUGACGAAACAUCGAGCUGUACUUGAUUGUCCGCGAGCACGGGUACAUAUCCCGAGGACAGAAGGGAAGUUGGUGUUCCAAGGGAUCAAGAGAAAUAGCGGAAUCUCCAUUAUUUCGAUGCUGCAAGCAGAGGAGUUAUUGGAGAAAGGAGCUGAAGCAUAUCUUGCCACCAUUACUAUGAAUGAGAAAGAGUCGACACCGGUGUUGAGUACCAUUCCGGUGGUAGCGGAAUACGAGGACGUGUUUGAACCGUUGACGGGACCACCGCCACACCGAGGUGAUGCAUUCACGAUAGAGUUGGAGCCGGGAACCGCACCUAUAUCGAAGGCACCUUACCGGUUAGCGACAGCGGAAAUGGCUGAGCUCAAGAACCAGUUAGAAGAUUUGGCUGAAAAAGGCUUCAUUCGACCGAGUAGUUCACCGUGGGGAGCGCCGGUGUUAUUCGUCAAGAAAAAGGACGGAAGUUUCAGACUCUGUAUCGAUUAUCAGGGAUUGAACAAAGUGACGAUAAAGAACCCGUACCCGUUGCCAAGGAUCGAUGAGUUGUUGGACCAACUACAAGGAGCGUCUUGGUUUUCUAAGAUAGAUUUGGCAUCAGGUUACCAUCAGAUUCCGAUAGCCGAGAAAGAUGUGAGGAAGACGGCUUUUCGGACGUGCUAUGGUCAUUAUGAGUUUGUAGUAAUGCCGUUUGGACUGACCAAUGCGCCAUCAGCUUUUAUGAAGUUGAUGAACAAUGUUUUUCGGGAUUAUCUGGACAAGUGUGUUAUUGUGUUCAUCGACGACAUAUUGAUUUACUCAAAGAGUAAAAGGGAGCAUGAGUUGCAUCUGCGAGUUGUGAUGGAUAAGCUGAGAGAGCAAAAGUUGUAA